AUGAUUAACGAAGGUCAAUUGCAAACUUUGGUUAUAGGUUUUGGUCUAGCGAUGGUAGUUCUGGUCGUUGUUUACCACGCAGUUGCAUCAACUAUGGCUGUAAAAAGAGACUAA